AGACUCGGUCUAUAAAGCAUUUGAUUCAACUACAGCUGUCAGCGCGCGCUGUGGACACGGCUGGAGUCAUGCGUUCGUGUGUUCGUGGGAUCCUGUGCUUUACAUCACUAACAACUGUGUUGUGUAGUUUGCAUCCUGAGUGUGAAUAUAUUUUUCAGUUGGCAAGAGAUGAACAGCGGUGUCUGCGAGAGAUCACAGAACCUGGGAACCUCAGCAGCUCCUCAGGUUGCCCACCAGUAUGGGACUCUGUAGUGUGUUGGCCCAGAGCUGCAGUGGGUGAGACCGUCCACAAUCCCUGUCCCGCUGUUUUCUCUCUCUUCAAGAACAACACAGGUAUAGUGAGUCGUAACUGCAGCGCUGGAGGCUGGUCACAGCCGUUCCCUCCAUAUCAUGAGGCCUGCAGUGUUGAGGACGACAUCCCAGAGGAGUUGUAUUUUGCCACUGUGAAACUGAUCUACACUGUUGGUUAUGGAGCGUCGCUGCUCUCUCUCUCUGUUGCUGUGAUAAUACUGCUGCUCUUCAGGCGAUUACACUGUGCUCGAAACUACAUCCACAUGCAGCUGUUUUUCACCUUCAUCCUAAAAUCUGUGGCUGUUUUUAUCAAAGAUGCUACGCUGUUCUCCAGUGACGACACGGAUCACUGCACACUCUCUACGGCGGCCUGUAAGGCGUCUGUGGUGUUUUGUCAUUUUUGCGUCAUGACUAAUUUCUUCUGGCUGCUGGUUGAAGCCGUGUAUCUGAACUCACUGCUGGUCUCUGCUUUCCCGCGCAGCCGCCGCUGUCUGUGGAGUUUCGCUCUGCUGGGCUGGGGUGUUCCGCUGGUCUGCAUCGUCCUCUGGAUCUGCUCCAGAGUGUAUUUUGAGGACACAGAGUGCUGGGACAUAAAUGAAGAUUCUCCUUAUUGGUGGAUCAUCAAGGGUCCCAUUGUAGUAUCCAUAGGGGUGAACUUCCUUCUCUUCAUGAACAUUAUCAGGAUUCUGGUGCAGAAACUGAACCCUCGCUUGAUCCAGUUCAACAAUUCGUCUCAGUACAGGCGACUGACCAAGUCCACCCUCCUCCUCAUCCCUCUCUUCGGCACUCAUUACAUGGUCUUCAGCUUUCUCCCAGACUACUUCAGCGUGAGCCUGCGGCUUUGCAUCGAGCUGUGUCUGGGCUCCUUCCAGGGCCUUAUUGUGGCGGUUCUCUACUGUUUCCUGAACCAGGAGGUUCAGAAUGAAAUACGCUCACGGUGGCUUCGAUAUCAGGAGGGGAGUUACGUUGUCGUCCCUGUUGGAGCCAAAGGAAGUCAAAUGGACACUCCGUUCUAGAGUCACUAAAACUCACCAGUGCCUCCAGAAAACACACACAUCUGAACGAAACACUUUGCAAAUCGUAUUGCUCAGUUUACAUGACAGCAAAUGGCUUAAAGUGAGAUCAUCGCCAUGAGCCUGCAACUUACAGUGACACCAAAAGGAUUCUGACACUUUUAAUAAGUGUUCAAAUACUGAACAUUUGGCCUGAAUUACACACACACACACACACUCAAAACUAUUUAUUAGAGAGCACACUGGAAUUUAUCAUUACAGAACUGCUGUCAAAUAGCAGUGGCCAAAAGUAAUGGCUGGUCUUGUGUAAUUGACAUCUUCACCCUUUAUUCAAAUACUAUUAAAGAUUUUGUAAGCAUAUUGUGUGUUGUGUUGUACAUUGUAUUGUAUUGUAAGCAAUUGUUUUAUUUUGAUAACGCAAUGAAACAUGCCGAAAUGUUCGGUAAAUAAUUUUUGGCCAGGCUGUCA